AUGUCACACAAGCCUGCAUCAGCCCUGAAGACCAUUCCACUCGUCUGGCCCUUUGCUGUCUGGGGACUAGACAUGGUUGGCCCACUGAGAACAGGCAGAAGUGGUUUCACUCAUGUGCUUGUGGCAGUCGACAAGUUUACCAAAUGGAUUGAAGCUAAGCCUAUCAAGAAUCUUGAUGCUUGCACUGCUAUCAGUUUCGUCAGAGGGCUAACAUUCAGAUAUGGAGUCCCGCAUAGCAUCAUCACUGACAAUGGGUCAAACUUCGAUUCGGACAAGUUCAGAGCUUUUUGCGCCUCUCAAGGCACUCGAGUCGACUACGCAUCGGUCGCCCAUCCCCAAUCGAAUGGACAAGCUGAAAGAGCAAAUGGUCUGAUUCUCAAAGGACUAAAACCUCGACUGAUGCGUGAUCUCAAGCACGCGGUAGGUGCUUGGGUCGACGAGCUUCCAUCAGUUCUAUGGGGAUUGAGGACCACCCGGAACCGGUCAACUGGAAGAACUCCAUUCUUUCUAGUUUAUGGAGCCGAAGCAGUUCUGCCAAGUGAUCUUCUUCACAACGUGCCUCGAGUCGAACUUUAUACCGAAGAUGAAGCAGAACAAGCCCGGCAAGACGCAGUCGACCUCCUAGAAGAAGAAAGAGAGAUGGCUAUGAUCAGAUCGACCAUUUAUCAGCAAGACUUGCGUCGAUUCCACGCCAGGAAUGGCAAGAGUCGAGCCUUCCAAGAAGGGGAUUUGGUCCUCCGAGUGGAUCAGCAGAAACCACACAAGCUUUACAACGGCUCUGUGAAGCCAGAGGAUUGGCUGGUGGACUACUCCACAGUCGUCAGCAUAGCAAAUGGCAACAAGCUCAUUGCCGUGAAGUACGUCCCGCUCAUGCUCCAGGGAAUGGCCCGGACAUGGCUUAACAGCCUCAAGCCCUACAAUAUCAACAACUGUGUAGAUUUCACCGAAGUGUUUAUCCGCAAUUUCACCAGCACCUACAAGCGGCCUCCCAAGACCCGCCAGCUCUCGCUGUGCGUUCAAGGCCCAGAUGAGUCCACCCGCGAUUACCUCACGCGGUGGGCUGAAUUGUGCAACUCCUGCGAAGGGGUGCACAUGGUCCAAUCAAUUGAAUACUUCAGUACCAGGUGCCGAGAGGACACCCUUCUCAAGCACCGACUCCUCUGCAACGAGCCUGCUACACUCGACGAGUUGUUAAUCAUAGCUAACAAAUACGCCACUGCCGAUUCCUCCAUGAAGUCGGAGCGCCGAGUGGACGCUUCUGGGAAGGUGCUCCCUCUAGCUCCUAGGAUGACGGCUGCUGACAACAGUGGGCGUCAACAGCUGAACGACAACAAGCACAAAGCCCCGUAA